GUUUUAUUUCCAUUUAAAAGUUGUAUACACUUCUAAAGCCUUCAUUAUUUAUCCGGCUGCGCUGGAAGAAUCAGCAAGAUGCCAACCGCAGGCAAGGACAUUAUUGGCUUGUGGCUUAUCGUGUUGGCUGCAAUGAAUCUUUCUCAAGCCGCCUCAUCCGAUUGUGAGAAUCCUCCAUUAGAUAUAUCUAUCGUGAUCGAUCAAACAAAGAGCGUAGGAGCGGACAACUAUGACGCCAUGUUGGACUCGGUCAUGGCACUCAUUUCGCAGUAUGAUAUCGGUGAAGACAAGACACACUUCUCCAUCGUAACUUAUGCAAAAGGCGCAAAAGUUCGUGUCAGCUUUGACAACCUAAAACAUCAAAAUAAAGCGGCCCUUCGUGCACUGAUUGAAAAAAUGAAGAAGAAGGACAAGUUGGGGAACCCGACGAGGACUGACAACGCCUUGAAAGUGGUCGGCGAGGACGUUUUCAACGAAAAGAAUGGAGAUCGACCGGAAUCACCGAACGUCAUGAUCAUCUUCACUGAUGGAGGAACACAUAAGAGUUCUAAGCCUUACAGUACCGUGCUACCAACUCUUGAGGAAAAAGGAGUACAUCGCGUGGCUGUGGGAAUAGGUAAAAAAAUUAAGCAGGCAGAGCUUAUAACUAUUGCUGGAGACGAGAAUCGAGUGGUUAAUGCCAAAAAUGUUGAAGACUUGAACAACCAGUUGGACGAUAUUCGCAAGGCUACUUGUAACAUUGAUGGAGGAUAUACCGAGUGGUCUGAGUGGAGUGAAUGCACAGCAACUUGUGGUGGAGGAAGUCGUUCUCAUUCAAGAACCUGCACCAACCCGUCACCGAAAAACAAAGGAAAAACUUGUAUUGAACAGGAUUUGGGUCCUGAUAUGGAAUCCGAACAAUGUAACACCCGAGACUGUCCCAUACCUGGUGGUUACACUGGUUGGUCCGAAUGGGGAGAAUGUAGCGUGACAUGUGGUGGAGGAGUUCAGACACGAAAACGGACUUGUACCAAUCCCCCGCCGUCUGGUGGUGGGCCAACAUGUAUUGAGAUAAAUCUGGGACCAGCAGAGGAACAAAAGGAAUGCAACUCACAAGAUUGCGACAUUGAUGGAGGAUAUACCGAGUGGUCUGAGUGGAGUGAAUGUACAGCAACUUGUGGUGGGGGAAGUCGUUCUCAUUCAAGAACCUGCACCAACCCGUCACCAAAAAAUAAAGGAAAAACUUGCAUUGAACAGGAUCUGGGUCCUAAUAUGGAAUCUGAAGAAUGUAACACCCAAGACUGUCCCAUACCUGGUGGUUACACUGAUUGGUCCGAAUGGGGAGAAUGUAGCGUGACGUGUGGUGGAGGAGUUCAGACACGAAAACGGACUUGUACCAAUCCCCCGCCGUCUGGUGGUGGGCCAACAUGUAUUGAGCAAAAUCUGGGACCAGCAGAGGAACAAAAGGAAUGCAACUCACAAGAUUGCGGUGAAGAUGGCAACUGGUCUCCCUGGGGUGCCCCUGGUCCUUGUGAUAAGACCUGUGGGGGAGGUACUCGAGUGAGAAAAAGAACAUGCACCGACCCACCUCCAUCUGGGGACGGUAAAGAUUGUGCAGGAAGCAGUACAAAAGAUGAGCCGUGCAACACACAAGCAUGCCCAACUUCACCUCCACCUCCACCUCCACCCAAACCUUGCAAGGAACAUCUCGACGUUGGUGUCAUAGUCGAUUCCUCCAACAGCAUCAGUUCUGUUGAUUACAAUAUAGCACGUGAUUACUUAGUUCGACUGGCUCAAAGACUAGAGGUUUCCGAAGCCGGAACACAUAUGGCGAUCCUUCUCUACAGUUGGGAAGCACAUCUCUGGCACAGAUUUACCAAUCCGCAAAAUAUUAAUGCACUUACAGCCAAAGCCAGAAGCUUGCCGCAUAUUCGAGGCGGAACAAGAACAGACAGAGCUCUAGAACUAGCUGCGGAGGAGUUUUUUGGUUGGGACAAUAGUGGAGACAGACCCGAUAAACCAAAUGUGCUACUUGUGCUGACUGAUGGUGACACAAACGAAGGGAGUAAGCCAUUCAGUCAAGUUACUCCACCUCUAAAUGAUGCAAGCGUAAGGAGAAUUGCUGUCGGAAUUGGAAGUGGAAUAGAUAUCUCGGAGCUUCAACAAAUUGCUAGCGCCAAUCAUGAUGUAAUACAGGUUAAUGGGUACCAGCAGUUAAUCCCCAGACUAGAGUCCAUAAUGACCAAGGCUUGUGAAGAUCAGUAUCCAG